UGCGACCCCUCUAUAGUAGGUCAUCAACUAGUGAAGGAAUCAGAUGGGACACAGAAGACAAUCGCAUUCUGAGUAUGAUUGAUAUUUCCUAUACCGAUAAAGUGGUACCGAGCAGAAUAUUUCGUGCACCGAGAGGCUUGUAAUUGGAGCGUAGAAAAUGUUGCCCGAAUGAGACAAGAUAGUCAUUCAGGAUGUUUCGAUUAACCAAGCAGCAGUGAAUGAGAGUUUAUAUGGGAACAGGAGAAUCGAAAUCGUUGCAUAAUAGGCAAAGCAAUUAGGGUUAGGGCAGUUCGCACCGGAGAGACGUUGACUUGUUCCCGUUGACUAUAUAAAGGAACUUGUUCAUAGUUCAGGCCCUCCUCCUUUGAUGUCUAAUGAUAAACUGAAUGGUACCUCCACUAUCAUCAAUAACAAUACUCAGAAUGUUUCUGGGCAACUUUCAUCCAUGCACCCAGACAUCUCCCAUAUCGUUUCCGUCCUAACAGAAACCCAUAUGGAUUCAAACGCAGACGAUAACAAAGACAUGAGCGAAUCAGACCUAGCUGCCUUGUUCAAGCAAAUUGAUGGUGCGAAUGGCGUGCUAAAUGGGGUGGAGGAUAAGUUGGAUGGGAUAUUAAACAACCUGGAUACGUUGCUCGCUGUUUUAGAAGACGCUGGUGAUCAGAGUAGCGGUGAAGGAGAAGCUGAAAGGGCGGCCUCCAAAGAUGAGGGCAAGGAGAGCGCAGGAAACAAGGAUUAAGAACUCGAGAUCAAGUGAGUCUAGACAUCUUUUG